AUUUGUAAAAGUGGAGGGCGCUAGUUGAAGAUGGCGCCUCGGAUAUAGCUGUUAUCCAAAGCUAACCCGCGACAUCCAUGUGCCUCAUGCCUUGGAAAUCUGAGGCUCUCAUCGCUGGCCGUAUAGACAAUGACAGAAGAUUCCGACUCGAUAUCUGAGGAAGAACGUAGCUUGUUCCGUCCCUUUACCCGAGAAUCAUUGAUUCAAAUUGAAAAACGCAUUGCCAUUGAACAUGAAAAACAGAAGGAGUUUGAAAGAAAGAGAGCCGAGGGCGAGGUGCCGCAAUAUGGUCGCAAGAAAAAACAAAAAGAAAUCCGAUAUGAUGACGAGGACGAGGAUGAAGGUCCACAACCGGAUCCUACACUUGAACAGGGUGUGCCAAUACCUGUUCGACUGCAGGGCAGCUUCCCGCCGGAAUUGGCCUCCACUCCUCUCGAGGAUAUUGAUCCGUACUAUAACAACGUACUGACCUUUGUAGUUGUAAGUAAGGGAAAAGAUAUUUUUCGCUUUUCUGCAUCCAAAGCAAUGUGGUUGCUCGACCCGUUCAAUCCUAUACGUCGCGUAGCCAUUUACAUUUUAGUGCAUCCGUUAUUUUCGUUAUUUAUCAUUACAACUAUUCUGGUUAACUGCAUUCUGAUGAUCAUGCCCACGACACCAACAGUUGAGUCUACUGAAUUUGGUAAAUGAAUGAGUACCCUAGCAGCGGAGGAAAAACAAGUGGACCAAUAAAUCGGAUACAAAUAACGGAAUCAAGUAUAUAGUAAUACUACAUACAUUCAUACAGAUCUGUAAAUGCAGUUUUGUUUUUAAAAACCCGUAAGGGGAAUAAAUAAAACCAGCCGGCUACGCAACUAUCAGUGCAAGGAUCCAACAACAUAAUCUGAUAUCAACCAUCUGAAAAAGAGGUCAUAGAUACCAAUCCAGCGUUGCAAUUAUGGCGCAAUAAAGUGCAAUUGACAUAAAAGAUUAAAGAUGUUAUAGACCAAUGCUGUCAGUGUACAUAAUAGAUAUGUAUGCACAUACAUAUGUGUAAAAUAAACUUAAACUCUCAUCGUUUGCGUA